UGUUUUUUUCUCAAUCAUUUUCGUUUUACGAAAUUCAAGUCCUCUGUAUAUCAUUGCUAGCACAUUGUGUAAAUACUGAGGGGUAUAAUUCGUGGAAAAUCGAGUAUUCAGACGUUAGGAUUUGUCGCUUCAGUUCAUAGUUCAUAGUUCAUAGGGAUAUAGUGGGACAAUGAUCAGCUUGAAGCCAACAGGUAAAGAAAGAACACACAAACUUUAUAAAUGUGAUGUUUGUACAAAGAGAUUUUCACGCCGUAGUCAUUUGGUUAGUCAUCAAAGAACGCACACAGGAGAGAGACCUUAUGAAUGUGAUAUUUGUAAAAAGAGAUUUUCAUAUGGUAGUAAUUUGUCCAGUCAUCGAAGAAUACACACUGAAGACAAACCGUAUGAAUGUGACAUUUGUAAGAAGAGAUUUUCACAGGGCGGUCAUUUGGUUAGACAUAAAAAAACACAUGCUGGAGAGAGACCUUAUGAAUGUAAUGUUUGUAAGAAAAGGUUUUUACAGAAAGGAGAAAAUCUUUUCAAGACAAAAACUAUUUUUUGCUCAACAUUUGAUUUGAACAGCUUUGAUUAUGGUAAGCAACAAAUAAGGAUUGCUUUAAAUCUUACCAAUAUAGGAUGCAAUAUCUCUACAAAUUAG